AUGGAGACUGACUUAAUAUUCCCCAAUGGUGAUGAGUUCUGGAAGUAUAUAGAGAAUACUUUGAGCUGUGAGAAUUUUGAUGAUUACCACAUUGCAAACAGAAAACUCGUUACAUUCAUAAAGACAGUCGCUGAUCAUGUCCAAAUAUACAUCACCAAUGAUCAAGAUAUAUACCGUUGUGGAGUAUACUUGAUUAAUUCUCCAAUUUAUGAAGCUCAUAGAAUCUUUUGCAUAUCCAAAAUGUUGUCAUUCUUGAAUAUAGACUUAUUAGACCAAAAUUUCAAAUUGUUUGUCAGUUAUGUGUUGUUAUUAGAUUGCAAAAAUGAUGCUUCAAUAUUACAAGUUGUUCAGGAUUACCAAGGGUUUCACGUUUUAUACAAAAACUUGCAUCAAAAUUUUGAAAAUCUAGCAAUUUUCUCAAAUGAUGAAGGUGGUGAACGUCAAACUAUAGCUGUAAUUAAGAAGAUAUGUACCGUACAACUGGAUCUAAUGUUUCAAAUGUGCAAAUAUUUGUCAAUAUCAGUGGAGGAACUUUCAUUAAUAGAUACAUUCUUUGUCAAUUAUAUCUUUGAAUCAUUAGUGAUUAUUGAUGCUGAUGAAGAUGUAUUCAAUUUUGCAAAAUUCAAAGUGAUUCUCUCUAUCAAUGAACAAUUCAUGAUUGUUUCUCGUGAGAACAAGAUUGAAAAUAAGGUAUUCCAAACAAUUGCAACCCACACAACUUUUAGAAACUUUAGUGAGUGUCUGUUGGUUUACUUCAACAGAGAGGAAGAUCGUUGUUUACAGAUUAUGAUUUCAAAAGUCUUGUAUCUAAUAUUUACAAAUAAAACCACGUCGGAGUUGUUUUACCAUAAUGACUUGAACGUUUUGGUUGAUGUCUUACUGAGGGAGCUCACUGAUCUGUCAGAAGAGGAAGAAAGUAUUAGAAAUACAUUUCUACGUGUAUUAUACCCAAUAUUGAAGUGUUCACAGUUUGAAAACACCCUAUACAAAAAAGAUAAAUUAAAGUCCCUUUUGGGUUACUUUGCUGGACAAAGUGAAUCCAAAUUCUGGCAUCAAACGGAGACCACAAAGAGGUUAGCAUUGCGCUGUUUAUCAAUCAAAUGGCUAGCCCUAGAGGAUGAUGAUUCAGCGUCAAAUUCACCAUCACCAACAAAAGAUACAUUGACUGUACCAGAAGUUAACAAUUCAAGCACGUCUAUUAAUUCAAUUUCAAAAAGACAACCACCACCUGCUCCGUUGCCUAGAAAAUGUUUUGGGCGUAAUAAUAGCAAUCAACAUAUUCCACAAAGAACCCGUUAA